GGGUCCUUGGUGAGGCCUGAGGAUGGAGGCUCCAGAGCCUGAGGUAGCGAACCCUGGGGACCUGAGUGAUCUCGUUUUGUGAGAGAGCCUGGCCCCUCCCCAGAGCCAGCUGCAGAAUGGACCUGGCCAGAGAGGAAAGUAGAGAUGAAUAUGGUGCUGGCCUUUGCAGCCAGCAAGGCUGUGGGGUCUUUGCUGUUCCUGUCCCCCACUACCUUCUUGCCCCCCACUACCUUCUUUCUGGCUGAAACCAGGAUAGAGACCCAACAUUGGCUGUCCAGCCCCCAGCCCUGCUCCCCCUUUCAGGCCCCUCUGGGAACCACAGAAAUCUGGGACCUAGUGUCUUGGCAAUGUAAUGAAUGCACGCACAGCUCUGGUAUCUGUUUUAAAUUAUCCAUUAAAAUAAGUACAGUUCUGGGGGAAAAAAAUAAGUUGACUGGGUGCGGUAAGCAGUAGAAAGGGACUGAAGGGGGAAGGAACCCAGGCAGUGCUUGGGUCCAAAGGAAGGGGACAGGAGAUGGAAGGGGCAGUGCCUGGCUCCUAUUCUUGGCCUUCUUUAGGGGACUUCUUUAGGGGACUGUGGCUUGUUGCUUGGGUCUAAAAACGAAUGCUUGGCUUUGAAGAGAGAUAGAUUGGGGCAAAAGAAAGAAAAAAAGGGACCCCCAAACUCCUUGAUCCCUGGCCCCAAACUGGGGGCAUAAAGGAACUCAGGUUCCAGAACUUUGCUCCCCCCAGGGAACCCAGGCAUUCCUUCUCCACCCCACUCCUGGCACACUGAGAUGCAGCUCUGAAUGGGCUGCCCACGUGUGGAGGGGGGUUGGGGUGACUCACUAUUACUACUGGGAGGACAGGGGGAGCCAGUGGUGGAAGAAGGGUGAGUCACACUGAUGGGCACCAGCCUCAGCCCUCCCCCCACUUUCCUGGCUCCCAGCCCUGCCUACCUGACCCUCUCCCUUGCUUUGCGCCCACUUCCCUCUCUUUCUCCCGGACCCUUUUGCCCACCCACUCUCCCUCCUUGGCUCUGCCCUCUAGCCCAGAAGGUCUGAGGCAAUGGAGGCAAGCUUGGAGCCGACAGUGCUGAGCAGGCAGGAGCCAAGAGAGGGGAAGCUUGAGCCUCACGCAGUUAGGGGUGCACUGGAGAGGGUGGGGUCCGACUCCGCCACACCCCUCCUCACCACUCCCGCCCCCACCCCCAAUGGAUCUGGGACUGCCCCUUUAAGAGUAGUGGCCCCUCCUCCCUUCAGAGGAGGACCUAUUAGAGCCUUUGCCCCGGCGUCGGUGACUCAGUGUUCGCGGGAGCGCCGCACCUACACCAGCCAACCCAGAUCCCGAGGUCCGACAGCGUCCGGCCCAGAUCCCCACGCCUGCCAGGAGCAAGCCGAGAGCCAGCCGGCCGGCGCACUCCGACUCCGAGCAGUCUCUGUCCUUCGGCCCGAGCCCCGCGCCCUUUCCGGGACCCCUGCCCCGCGGGCAGCGCUGCCACCCUGCCGGCCAUGGAGACCCCGUCCCAGCGGCGCGCCACCCGCAGCGGGGCGCAGGCCAGCUCCACUCCGCUGUCGCCCACCCGCAUCACCCGGCUGCAGGAGAAGGAGGACCUGCAGGAGCUCAAUGAUCGCUUGGCGGUCUACAUCGACCGUGUGCGCUCGCUGGAAACGGAGAACGCAGGGCUGCGCCUUCGCAUCACCGAGUCUGAAGAGGUGGUCAGCCGCGAGGUGUCCGGCAUCAAGGCCGCCUACGAGGCCGAGCUCGGGGAUGCCCGCAAGACCCUUGACUCAGUAGCCAAGGAGCGCGCCCGCCUGCAGCUGGAGCUGAGCAAAGUGCGUGAGGAGUUUAAGGAGCUGAAAGCGCGCAAUACCAAGAAGGAGGGUGACCUGAUAGCUGCUCAGGCUCGGCUGAAGGACCUGGAGGCUCUGCUGAACUCCAAGGAGGCCGCACUGAGCACUGCUCUCAGUGAGAAGCGCACGCUGGAGGGCGAGCUGCAUGAUCUGCGGGGCCAGGUGGCCAAGCUUGAGGCAGCCCUAGGUGAGGCCAAGAAGCAACUUCAGGAUGAGAUGCUGCGGCGGGUGGAUGCUGAGAACAGGCUGCAGACCAUGAAGGAGGAACUGGACUUCCAGAAGAACAUCUACAGUGAGGAGCUGCGUGAGACCAAGCGCCGUCAUGAGACCCGACUGGUGGAGAUUGACAAUGGGAAGCAGCGUGAGUUUGAGAGCCGGCUAGCGGAUGCGCUGCAGGAACUGCGGGCCCAGCAUGAGGACCAGGUGGAGCAGUAUAAGAAGGAGCUGGAGAAGACUUAUUCUGCCAAGCUGGACAAUGCCAGGCAGUCUGCUGAGAGGAACAGCAACCUGGUGGGGGCCGCCCACGAGGAGCUGCAGCAGUCGCGCAUCCGCAUCGACAGCCUCUCUGCCCAGCUCAGCCAGCUCCAGAAGCAGCUGGCAGCCAAGGAGGCGAAGCUUCGAGACCUGGAGGACUCACUGGCCCGUGAGCGGGACACCAGCCGGCGGCUGCUGGCGGAAAAGGAGCGGGAGAUGGCCGAGAUGCGGGCAAGGAUGCAGCAGCAGCUGGACGAGUACCAGGAGCUUCUGGACAUCAAGCUGGCCCUGGACAUGGAGAUCCACGCCUACCGCAAGCUCUUGGAGGGCGAGGAGGAGAGGCUACGCCUGUCCCCCAGCCCUACCUCGCAGCGCAGCCGUGGCCGUGCUUCCUCUCACUCAUCCCAGACACAGGGUGGGGGCAGCGUCACCAAAAAGCGCAAACUGGAGUCCACCGAGAGCCGCAGCAGCUUCUCACAGCACGCGCGCACUAGCGGGCGCGUGGCCGUGGAGGAGGUGGACGAGGAGGGCAAGUUUGUCCGGCUGCGCAACAAGUCCAAUGAGGACCAGUCCAUGGGCAAUUGGCAGAUCAAGCGCCAGAAUGGAGAUGAUCCCUUGCUGACUUACCGGUUCCCACCAAAGUUCACCCUGAAGGCUGGGCAGGUGGUGACGAUCUGGGCUGCAGGAGCUGGGGCCACCCACAGCCCCCCUACCGACCUGGUGUGGAAGGCACAGAACACCUGGGGCUGCGGGAACAGCCUGCGUACGGCUCUCAUCAACUCCACUGGGGAAGAGGUGGCCAUGCGCAAGCUGGUGCGCUCAGUGACUGUGGUUGAGGACGACGAGGAUGAGGAUGGAGAUGACCUGCUCCAUCACCACCACGGCUCCCACUGCAGCAGCUCGGGGGACCCCGCUGAGUACAACCUGCGCUCGCGCACCGUGCUGUGCGGGACCUGCGGGCAGCCUGCCGACAAGGCAUCUGCCAGCGGCUCAGGAGCCCAGGUGGGCGGACCCAUCUCCUCUGGCUCUUCUGCCUCCAGUGUCACGGUCACUCGCAGCUACCGCAGUGUGGGGGGCAGUGGGGGUGGCAGCUUCGGGGACAAUCUGGUCACCCGCUCCUACCUCCUGGGCAACUCCAGCCCCCGAACCCAGAGCCCCCAGAACUGCAACAUCAUACAAGAGAUGGGAAUGAGGUGGGAGGUGGAAGAAGGGAGAAGAAAGGUGAGUUUGAGCUGCCUUCCCUAGCUUUAGACCCUGGGUGGGCUCUGUGCAGUCACUGGAGGUUGAAGCCAAGUGGGGUGCUGGGAGGAGGGAGAGGGAGGUCACUGGAAAGGGGAGAGCCUGCUGGCACCCACCGUGGAGGAGGAAGGCAAGAGGGGGUGGAGGG